AUGUUAGGGCAGCAGCAGCAGCAGCAGCAGCUGUACCCGGCGGCCGGGCUCCUGGCCGGGGAACGGGGCCGGCUGCUCUCCUGCUACGUGCAGGACUACCUCGAGUGUGUGGAGUCGCUGCCCCUGGACAUGCAGCGGAACGUGUCCGUACUGCGAGAGAUAGACACCAAGUACCAAGAAGCAUUAAAGGAAAUUGAUGAUGCCUGUGAAAAAUAUAAGAAAGAAAAUGAUCCACAUCAGAAGAAACGCCUUCAGCAGAAUCUUCAGAGAGCAUUAAUCAACAGCCAGGAACUGGGUGACGAGAAAAUUCAGAUUGUUACACAAAUGCUUGAGCUGGUAGAGAACCGAGCAAGGCAAAUGGAGUUGCAUUCACAAUGUUUUCAAGAUCCUUCAGAAAGUGAGAGGCCUUCAGAUAAGACAAAGAUGGAUUCUAGCCAACCAGAAAGGUCUUCAAGAAGACCCCGCCGACAGCGGACCAGUGAAAGCCGUGAUCUCUGCCACAUAGCAAAUGGGAUUGAAGACUGUGAUGAUCAGCCCCCUAAAGAGAAGAAAUCCAAAUCUGCCAAGAAAAAGAAACGUUCAAAGGCCAAACAGGAAAGGGAAGCUUCACCUGUUGAGUUUGCAAUAGAUCCCAAUGAACCUACAUACUGCUUAUGUAACCAAGUGUCUUACGGGGAAAUGAUAGGAUGUGACAAUGAACAGUGUCCAAUUGAGUGGUUUCAUUUUUCAUGUGUUUCACUUACUUAUAAACCAAAGGGAAAAUGGUAUUGCCCAAAGUGCAGAGGAGAUAAUGAGAAAACAAUGGACAAAAGUACUGAAAAAACAAAAAAAGAUAGAAGAUCGAGGUAGUAAAGGCCAUCCACAUUUUAAGGGAUUAUUUGUCUUUUAUAUAAUUCAUUUACUUUACAGAAAAUGUUUUAGGAUAAAUGCAUAAGGCUAUGCAAUAAUUUUUAAUCAUUAGUAUUAAUGGAGUAUUAAAAGUUGUCGUACUUUGUCUGUGGUUUACUUUUCUGCACUGAAUAACCAAAUGUUUUAAAGCCAGGUGGUCUUAGAACAACACAUGGAAAGAAUUAGGAACAAUGGGAAUAUGGUGUGAACAAGUUGCUUUUAUUUUUCUCCACAAACUGUACAUAUCUCAUUGUCACUUAAAAUGGAAAUGUUGUUAGUGGGUAAACACCAAAGGUUUACUAGUAUUUGAUUCUUCUCUACACUUUAAAAGUUUUUAGACUCUUCAGCUGAUGUGAACUCUAUUUUACCUCUGUGGUACAUCGAACCUUAUCUCUAGUCUCAUGAAGACUCAUUUAAGGAGCUAGAGAGGAAUGUUAAUUUAGGAUUCCAUGUGGAAUAAUGUACUCCUAUCAGAGUACCUUGCUGUUGUAUUUUUCUUAGCAGCAUUUUGAUACACUGCAGUAAUCCAUUUGUAAAUGACUCCUUUUCACAAAAGCAGCUAUUAAUCCGCCUGUGUUUUAAAAUUUAAACAGUUCUCCUUAAUAAACUUGGGCACUACAGAGUAGUUGGUAUACCAAAAAUACUACUGUUAGGUUAGAGCGGCAGAAUUUAAGCUCAUGUAGCAGUAUGGGUUCACAUUGUUUUUGGGCAUUCUUAAAGGUGGAUUGUAUUUCCUGAUACUGAAAACAUAACAACAACAACUCCAACUCUGAAUUUCUGUGUGAUCUGCUGGGGUGCUUGGGCACAGUUCUAAUCAAUUGGAAAGCAAUAUAGUAGUCCUUAAUAUCUGUAUAUCAAACAGUUGUUUUAAAUAGUUUUGCUGUUAUUUAAACAAUUUGCUUUCAUUUAAACAAUUUCCAUCGAUGAUGACACAUCAUUAUUUUAACUUGUAGUUGUAUUAAUCCUGACUUUCUCAUACUAGUGCUCCCUGAUAUGUUUGCUUUGAAUGAAUAUGAUUUUAGGAAAAUGCAGUUAAUCACGUGUUUGUAAAAUGGGUUUUCUAAGAGUCUUAUCUGUUAAAGAUAAGAAUGUUGAAGGGUGUAUGUUUGGGGAUUUUUGUUUGGUUGGGGGGGGCUAUAGCUUUAUCUGUGUGUAACCUGCCUUGUACUCUUCCUCUUUGUUUCUGAGCCUGACAAUCUUAAUUCUUAUUAACCUGGUAAAAACCCUAUCUGGGUCUAAGAAAUGUUUACUGUGUAAGCAACAGGGUGUUGUGGAAAGAACAUGGGACUCUGGAGAGUCAGACUGUGGUUCUAAUUCUGACCCUGACAUUAAAACUAGCUACUUCAUGUUAGACAAGUUGCUCAACUUCUCUGGCCCAAAUUUCCUCCUCUGUAAGGUGGUAGACUUGAACUAAAUGAUCCAUGAAGUCCCUUACAAUUAAAAUUCUCAUUUUCUGUACUAA